AUGAUUUUGGUCCCGUGAAAUUUGGUGAGAAAGGUAUGCUCGGAAUCUCCCAAUCCCGAAUCCCGAUCUCAACCAGCAGUGAAACUCUCGACCGCCGCCGUCCCCGCCCAUCUCCCAUAUUCCAGCCACGGCAAGUGGGCGGAAGGAGGAGGACGAGGCGGAGGAGAAAGGAGGAGCCAGGCAGCCGCUGCCGUUGGAGGAGGAGAAGAUGAUACUUCCGGUGGCGAAGCUCGGGACGUUGUUGCUGAAGACAAUGUCGAAGCCCAUCGCGGGCAGGCUCAAGGCGGAGGCCAGCCGCCACCCCAAGUUCCGGCAGCUCAUCAUCAACCUCGCCCAGGCAAAUCACCGCAUCUCCACGAACAUCCAAAGAAGAAUUUAUGGCCAUUCAACUAAUGUUGAGAUUCGGCCAUUGAAUGAGGAGAAAGCUGUUCAAGCUGCUGCGGAUCUUAUUGGGGAGCUCUUUGUUUUCUCGGUUGCUGGGGCUGCUGUAAUCUUUGAGGUGCAAAGAAGUGCAAGGUCAGAGGCCCGAAAAGAGGAGGCUCGUAAAAAGGAAAUUGAGGCAUUGAGACAAAAGGAGGAUCAGCUAGCUCAAGAGUUAUUGAACAUGAAGCAGAAGCUUAGUGAGUUGGAGUGCCUCGCCAACUCGCAGGGUCUCUCUGGAGUCCUGUUCAGGAGCAGCAGUGUGCCAGACCAAACAAAGGCCACAUGACCAGUUUGUUUGACUGAAACAAAGUUGUCACGUCAAGGACAGAACUCUAACCAGGUGAACCGACAAUUCUCCUGCCCAGUUUUCUGAAGCACUCAUCGUGGUGGCUGUGUUAUCCCCCUGACCAUUACGGGAAGAUCCCAUCGAUAGUUCUUCGAGAUUUGAAACAUCAGUUUCUUUAUUUCCGCAUUUAACAACUUGGUUCGUGCAAGUUGUAAAUGUGCAAGAUAUACACGACGAGUUUGUUUGUGGAA